UCACAGGAGAGCUCAGGGAGAAUUUAAAUCAUCAGGUUUGGACCAUCCAUGGAUUAAUCUUCCUGCAGGGACUGUUUCCAUCAGGUCUCAAAGAGUUCAUUGGGAGGGAGCAUCGGGAUUUCACUCUCUGGGCUUUUAACCUCAGCUGUGGAUGUGUCCUGCCUUACAGAGCAAAGAGUUGGUGUCAGUGAAGGUGGAGGCAGUUUCACAGGUUGGGCUUGGAUCUGCUGGAGUCCACAAACUGGAGAUCAUCAUCUGAACGCCUCAGCAAAGCCCUCUUGGGAUUUCCUUUUGCCUAGGAAGACAUUUUCAGAAGUUCCCAUUUUCUGACCAACCAUCUGGUGCUUGUUUAGGGCAUUUGGUGUGACCUGGAGACACAGCUCUGCAUCCACAACUUAUGAUCCCAUCCCUCUGCAGCUUGCACUGGGCCAAGCUGCACCCACACCUGCUGGAUUUCAGAGCUGCAGCUGAGGUCAAGCCAGGGAGCUGCAACUCCCCCCCGCUGGUGUCAAAUUCUGCCCUUGAGGUCACAGCCGCUCACAUUUAUGGGUGUCUGCAGUACCUGGCAGCCCUGACUGCCCAGCUCACCUGGCACUGCUGCUUCUGCAGUCUGGGAGGUGAUGUCAGCCCAGCCCAGCCCUGCUGAGCUCUGCACUCCUCCGUGAUUCCUGCUCUGGCUGGACCCUGCUCUCAGCAGGGCCAAACCCUUUCACCUCCAUCCUCAACCGUGCUCCGUUCACGGCGUCUCCAAGCCCACAGGCUCCUGCUUCUGGGGGAUUUUGAGCAAAACCCAUCUGUUUUUGUAAACCAGCUACUGCUUUUGCUGCAGGAGUUUCAGUGCUGAAAUCUCCCAUCCACUGUACAGCUGGGAACUCCCUCUUCCUGCCCAUCCCUUCUUGCCUGGGGAGUCUGAAGGAGUUUCUGCUGCUCUGCCAGUGGCUGCACCACAGCCUGGCCCUGGUGGGAGGAGGGGCCGUCGCCAUGUCGGUGUCGCACAGCUCUAGGCUGAACAAGCUGGUGCGGGAGCAGUACAUGAGGCUGCCCCAGGAUGGCAGGGUUCAGGUCACCUACGUCUGGAUCGACGGCAGCGGCGAGGGCGUGCGCUGCAAGAGCAGGACCCUCGAUAAGGAGCCCAAGAGCAUCGAAGAUGUCCCCGAGUGGAAUUUCGAUGGCUCCAGCACGGCACAGGCAGAGGGCUCCAACAGUGACAUGUUCCUGGUGCCGGUCUGCAUGUUCAGGGACCCUUUUUGCCUGGACCCCAACAAGCUGGUGCUCUGCGAAGUGCUGAAGUACAACAGGAAACCCGCAGAGACCAACCUGAGACACACAUGCAAGAAAGUCAUGGACCUGGUGAAGGACAGCCACCCCUGGUUCGGGAUGGAGCAGGAGUACACACUGCUGGGCAUCAAUGGCCACCCCUACGGCUGGCCCGACAACGGCUUCCCCGGCCCGCAGGGCCCUUAUUACUGUGGGGUUGGAGCAGAUAAGGUGUAUGGGCGUGAUAUUGUGGAGUCCCACUACAAGGCUUGUCUCUAUGCGGGGGUGAAGAUCUGUGGCACCAAUGCCGAGGUGAUGCCCUCCCAGUGGGAAUUCCAGGUGGGCCCGUGUGAGGGCAUUGAGAUGGGGGAUCACCUCUGGAUGGCUCGGUUCAUCCUUCACCGUGUCUGCGAGGACUUUGGGGUUGUGGCCACUCUGGAUCCCAAACCGAUGACCGGCAACUGGAACGGCGCCGGGUGUCACACCAACUACAGCACUGAGGAGAUGCGGAGAGAGGGGGGUCUCAAGCACAUCGAAGCUGCCAUCGAGAAGCUGAGCAAGCGGCACGAUUACCACAUCUGCGUGUACGACCCUCGGGGUGGCAGGGACAACUCCCGGCGCCUCACCGGCCACCACGAGACUUCCAACAUCUUCGAGUUCUCCGCCGGCGUGGCCAACCGAGGUGCCAGCAUCCGCAUCCCGCGCCAGGUCGGCCAGGAUGGCUAUGGCUACUUCGAGGACCGGCGGCCGGCGGCCAACUGCGACCCCUACGCGGUCACCGAGGCCAUCAUGAGGACGACGGUGCUCAAUGAGACCGGGGUGGAGACCAAGGACUAUGCUGACCACUGAGGCCACAGGGUGGGUGGAGGUUCUCGUGCCUGCAGUAGCUUCUCACGUGGGAUUUGUGCCUGUGCGGUGUCUUCGGCUGCAAGCUCAGACUCUUUAGGAACCAUGCUUCUGGUCUUGUGAAACGUCGCCUUAGAAAUAUGUAUUUUAUAGCAAGAGGGAGGGGCCCAACCUAUUUUCUCAACCACUUUGUUGUUUCUGGUUCCUGGUUUUAGGUUGUGAGGUGCUUUUUAAAAAAAACUUGGAUUGAAUUUUUUUCCCCGGUGGACUUUACACUGUGAUGUACAUAGAUCCCAACGUGGAUGUUGCAGCUGCUGCUGUUUGCACCUGUGGAGGGUGGGUGCCUUUUUUCCUUAUCUCUGUUGCAAGGAAAUGAUAAUAAAUAAUUUUCCUGGCUGCAUGGCAGCUGGGUUAUGCUGUG